AUGGUUGCAAAACACCGUGAUAUCCUGUUUGCCUGUGUGGGAGGCUUUAUCGCAUGGGGACUCAUAACGAGCUGGUAUCCGUUAAUACGCUUUGUUGGAUACUCGUUUUUAUUGGGAGUCGCCGCUACAUUGGCCUUCUUCAUCAUUGUUCUGAUAGCCAGUGUUAGGAGUCCAGAUAACAGCGCCAACCCUUCGAAGCUAUGUGGUCAGCCUAUGGCUUUCCUGUCUCCUGAUAACUGGCAGCGGGACUCGAAUGAUUACAGAAAUAACACCGCUUAUAACCCCGCACCCCUCUACCCGCAAUCGUUCAUCGUUUCUGCGGCACUGGAUGAAUUAUUACACUUUACCAGGAGGGACUUUAUUGGGUCGUGGUACGGGCAUAUUAGCAGCAAUCCAAAGUUUGCGGAUGAGAUUGAUUCCAUUGUCAGGGCGACAAUUGGACGUAUAAAGGACUGGUUGUCGAAAGAGGAUUUUGUGGAAAUUUUCGUCUCGAGGAUUGUCCCUAUAGUAACCAGCCAUUUGAAAGAUGUUGAUUUGGCAGAACGAGCUGUGAGGGGCAGAAAUCUGAGCCAUGGUGUGACAGAAUCAGAGGAGCUGGAGAUUGCCAUUGCUGCUAGAUAUCGGGAAGGAAACAUUCACCCUGCUGCCGCAAUAUCUUCGCCAGAUGUGGCCCAUGUCCAACAGGAGCACUUGCGCAAGGUUGUGGUAUCGCUUUUGCCCAUCAUUCUUCCUACUAGCCAAGCGAACAGUAGGGCAGUAUCAGUUCUUACGCGAGAGAUUCUAGCAUGCGCUGUCUUACUUCCUUUGAUUGGUGUCCUCGCAGAUCCAGAUACAUGGAACCAGCUGAUGGAAGCUUAUGGCCGAACAGCUCUUCAGGAUCGCAAAACCGUUAGAAGGUUACGUGAGGCACUAGAUCAACACGCUUUACCUCUCGCAAAAUCAAAACAGGCUUACAUAUUCCCGAAACUGAGUCCAAAUGACUCUGAGAGGGAAUUUGAACGCUUCGUUAGGGCAAUUCGGCGCUGUAACAAUUUAUCCGAUGCAAGGAGAUUUCGGAAUAACGUCGCAAGCCAGCUCAAGCGUGAAACAAUGUUUGAUGGACAGGACCCAAUCUAUAUCCGGCGACUAGAAACCGCGAAGAGGGCCCUGGACCAGAAAGUUGCAAAGUUAUCUACUCCUAAUGGUGCAGUUUUGGAUAGUUGUAGAUGGUUUUAA